AUGAGAACUCUAUUUCCGCAUGAGAAGCGUCUUAGAUUAACUAAUGGUAGUGAAGAGGAUUCGAAUAACGGCAAUGGAUACUACGGGAGUAAUAUAUGCCUGAUCCGAGCGCCGCUGUUUAAUUUCCUCUCAGUAGAGGCAGGAACACCAAUUAUCCUAAAACCAUUCAAAAGCCCAUUAGAGGGGCACCAACCAGGUGUGAGCGAAGAAUCCCAGAGAAAAACACUGGGAUGCAGAAUCAAAUCAGAUACGAAAUCGUUCCUAAAAGACUUCAGAACAGGAAUUUACUUAGAAAAGCCAGAAUCAUUAGAAGACCUUCCACCCGAUAACCCAUUGGUGCUAUACACAUCAGACCCCGAAGAUGAAGUACAAGUAGAAAUCAAGGUGGACUCAAUUCUUUCAAGAUUCCUGAGAGAUCAUCAAAGACAAGGUGUACAGUUCAUAUUUGACUGUUUGAUGGGUUUAAAAGGGUUUAAUGGAAGAGGAUGUAUCUUAGCUGAUGAUAUGGGUCUUGGUAAGACUCUACAAAGUAUCACAGUUAUGUGGACACUCUUAAACCAAGGGCUGGAUAAUAAGCCUGGUAAGACUCAUAAUUACACAUCUAGCACAGCUGCAAGAAAAUGCGCAAUCAUUUGCCCGGCAAGUCUGGUAAACAACUGGGAAAGUGAAAUAAAGAAAUGGCUAAGAGGAAAAUGCCCAUGUACAGCAGUAGCAGAGUCCAGUAAGGAAAAGGUGAUUUCAUCAUUCCAGGGAUUCAAAUACGAUAGAACAUCGAAAGUAAUCAUAUCCUCAUAUGAAACUUAUCGGCUUCACUGUUCAUAUCUCGAAGGAGUUAAUAUCGAUUUACUAAUCUGUGAUGAAGCGCACAGGCUUAAAAAUGAUAAAACGAGGACAUCUCAGAGCAUUUCAACAUCCUCAGCACAAAUGAGACUAAUGCUCAGUGGCACACCAAUCCAGAAUGAUCUGAAUGAGUUCUACUCACUAGUAUCGCUGUGUAACCCAGAUGUGCUUGGAGAUGUAAACAACUUUAGAAGAAACUUUGCAAAUCCAAUACUUAUUGGAAGGGAGCCGUAUGCGACGCCAGCAGAACAACAAAAGGCAUCCGAGAGAUUGGCUGAACUAUCAAACAUCACUAACCAAUUUGUUCUCAGAAGAACAAACGCACUUCUGGCCAAAGUUCUACCACCAAAAAUCAUUUUGAACGUGUUCUGUAAUUUGACGGAUGUUCAAAAGGAUAUUUACAAAUCGUUUGUAAAUUCUAAAAGGUGGAAGAAUAUAAUGAACCAGGAUAGAGUUGAAAGCAGAGCGCUUUCAGCUAUACAAUCACUAAUGAAGUUAUGUAACCACCCAUACUUGAUAAAGAGAGGUGGACUUAUGUCAUCGCCAGAUGUGGAUUCACUGUUGCUAGAUAUUGAAAACGCAACUAAAUCCUCAAAAUACAAAUGUUGCAGAUGCGACCUUUCAGGGAAAUUCCUUGUCCUGUUUAGAUUACUCUACCAAAUCAGAAAAAACAGCAAUGAUAGAGUAGUGAUAAUAAGUAAUUACACUCAAACACUGGAUUUAUUUGAGAGGCUUUGCAAGGAGUGUAGUUACCCAUUCGAGAGAUUGGAUGGAGGAACAAGCAUUAAAAAGAGGCAUAAAUUAGUGACGACCUUUAACGACCCGAAUUCCAACAGUUUUGUAUUCCUCUUGAGUUCUAAAGCUGGAGGUUGCGGUAUUAAUUUAAUUGGAGCAAAUCGCCUUGUACUAUUUGAUCCGGAUUGGAACCCAGCAAAUGAUAAACAGGCGCUUGCUCGUGUUUGGAGAGAUGGCCAAACGAAAGUGUGUUAUAUUUACCGGUUCUUUAGCACAGGAACAAUUGAGGAGAAGAUUUACCAGAGACAAAUAUGUAAGGAUGGCCUGAGCUCAAUGUUGGUAACUGACGGAAUCAACGAGUUGAAGGAUAGUUUAUCAGGUGAAUACCUCAAGAACUUGUUCGAAUACAAGGAAGAAGUUCUUUCCGACACUCAUGACCUUAUCGAAUGCAAGAGAUGCUCCCACGAGGAUGGUAUGUUUUUAAAACAAAAAGAUAUGUUAGGGACAGUAAUGCAUGUGCCUCAACUGAAGGAGUUUUUGGAGGACGACCUGAACACAUGGGCCCAUCACGCUGAUCUGACGACUAUUCCCGACCAAUACCUUGUUAAUGCAGCCACUAAAAAUGAACCUCAAAUCCAAUAUGAGGACAUGAGGUUGAGUGAUGACUUCGUCCCAGUGUCGUUUGUGAUGGCCUGUAGAAUCGAAUUUCAGGAUACAGAAGAAAGCGUGGAUGUAGAAAAUAUGAGUGUAAAGAAAAUUGCCAAAUCUGAUACGGUGUCAACUACAUUUGAUUCCGAUAAUGAAGACUACGUGCCAACUCAGGAAACUAUAGAAUCAGAUGAAUGA